AUGGUAAACGCUAAGGAAACGCCAUCCAAAGUGGCAGCCAGUGCACUUUCGGAUUUGGAACUAAAAGACGCCAAAAACAACUUGGCGGGCAAACUGGACGCCGUCAAUGAGCAACAACAAGAACAAGAACAACCUGGAAACGCAGCUGGGGCCCCAGAACAGUCUAAAAACCUGGAAAACAGACUCAGCAAAGCCGCAGCCGAACACCACCAGUUUCUGCGCUCCCACCAGGUCCACCGCCAUAAAUUGAAGGAAAUGGAACAACACGAGCCCUUGCUGGCCGAAAACAAGCGCAGAUUCGUGCUCUUCCCCAUUAAAUACCACGAAAUCUGGCAAGCAUACAAGCGGGCAGAGGCGUCGUUUUGGACGGCAGAGGAGAUCGAUCUAUCCAAAGACUUGCACGACUGGAACAACCGAAUGAACGAGAACGAACGGUAUUUCAUCUCGCGGGUGCUAGCGUUUUUCGCAGCCUCAGACGGGAUUGUCAACGAAAACUUGGUCGAGAACUUCUCGGCCGAAGUGCAGAGUCCAGAAGCCAAGUGUUUUUACGGAUUCCAAAUCAUGAUGGAAAACAUCCACUCUGAGACUUACUCGCUGCUGAUCGAUACCUACAUCAAGGAUCCCAAGGAAAAUGAGUUUUUGUUCAAUGCGAUCGAGACCAUCCCACAAAUCAAGGAAAAAGCCGAAUGGGCCAUAAGGUGGAUUCAAGACGAAGAGGCUCUCUUUGGCGAAAGAUUGGUUGCGUUUGCAGCCGUGGAAGGUGUGUUUUUCUCGGGUUCCUUUGCAGCUAUUUUCUGGUUGAAAAAGAAGGGUUUGAUGCCUGGUUUGACGUUUUCCAACGAGCUCAUUUGCAGAGACGAAGGUCUGCACACCGAUUUCGCAUGCUUGCUCUUUGCACACUUGAAAAACAAGCCAGAUCCAAAGAUUGUCGAAAGAAUCAUCACAGAAGCGGUCGAAAUCGAGCAGCGGUAUUUCAGAGACGCGCUGCCCGUAUCAUUGCUGGGCAUGAAUGCAGACCUAAUGAACCAAUACGUGGAGUUUGUCGCGGACAGAUUGUUGGUGGCCUUGGGCAACGACAAGUUCUACAACGUCACCAAUCCCUUCGACUUUAUGGAAAACAUCUCGCUGGCCGGUAAGACCAAUUUCUUCGAAAAAAGAGUCUCGGAUUACCAAAAGGCUGGUGUUAUGGCCAAAUCCAACAAAACCGAAACACAAGGCGACGGGUUUGCCUUUGACGAAGAUUUUUAA